GCAAAACUUACGUUAACGUGACGUUUCCGGGACAAAACAACUAUACACGGAAAUGACGUCAGUCUGUUUAUACGUUGUCAUAACAUUAAGACGUCGUGGUGAAAUAGGAUGAGGAAAAAACACAAUAAAUUUGCUGGUGGCGGCGCUCCGGGACUACCGGCUGGCCCUGCGCAAACAGGUCGGCGGUCGGUAUGCGGAGACGACUCACUAGAAGAAUCGCAAUUGGAGGCAGAGUUACAUCGUCUCAAGCGGCAACUCCGCAUGAUGGAAAAGGAUAGGCGUUCGUACAGUGAAGAAGUUGGAAAUGCAAUUAGAAAGCAAGAGGAGGAGAUUAACGCGCUCAACGAAGAGAGCCGGGACAUGAAUACAAUUUUACGACUAACAACAUGCGACCGGAACAGGGAUGAGGAUGAUGGGAACAUUCACACACUUAUCGAGCUGACUGAAAAACUUGACGAGUAUAAGAGACUUUGUAAACAGGAAGAAAGCAGAAUUGAAGAACUGAGUGAGGACGUAAGUAUCGCACGGACGCAGGAGAUGAUCGACGAAGAAAGAAAUCUAAUUAGUAGCGGUACCCAAACAACUUUAGAAAUGAAAAUAGCACAACGACUGAGUGUCACUGAAAACAGGCUGGAUCAGGCCCUGAUCAAGUUCAAUCAACAGCUUGCAAAGAACGCCAAGCUUCGCGAGGAACUUGAUCAUUUGCGUGUGGAUAAGGCAACAUUUGAUGCUAUACAUAAGAAACUGACUGACAAGCUGGAGCAGGCGAAGUUGUCAUUAAAUGACAGCAUCACACAAGCUGCUCAAUCAUAUGAAGAAAGGGACGAAGCCCAGAAUAAAAUGCUUGCACUUAAAGAGCGCAGUCACAAAGAUAUGGCCCAACAGACUGUCGAAAUGAAAGAAUUACAGAGAAUUAUCAUCCACGAUGAUAAACUGAAAGAGUUCAUGGGGAUCAAGGUCCAUGACCGGGCCGAUCUUCGUGAAGAAGAGCAAGCGAAGAAGGCUAAAGGGAAAGAUGCGGGUGAAAAGGAUGCAGACUUAGAAAAGCAGUCUAUUAUUAAGUUAGAAGGAGCGUUCAAGCGUGUAGCCAAUGCAACGGGUGAAUAUGACAUCGACAAAAUUGUCAGUGACUUCAUCAAGAAAGAGGACCAGAAUUUCGCCUUGUAUAACUUUGUCAAUGAGUUAAACGACACAGUUGAAAACAUUCAGAAAGAGAUCAAAUCUCUACAAAGUGAGAUCAAAGUGUUUGAGGACGAGAACUUGAAAGGUGAAGAAAACAGACGUGAAAUGAUCCGAGAAAUGGAGAUUAAAGCUCUCCAAUUCGAGAAAGAAAUCGAUGAAGCUGAAAAGAAGGACAAGGAAAUUUGUAAAGUUCUGGAUGAAGUCAGGGUCAAUGUCAGCAAACUGUUUAAGGACGCUAACUGUGACCACGGCUCAAUCUCUGACACGCUUGGUAGUGAAGAGGGUGUAACUAACAAAAAUAUUCUACAGUACAUGGGCAUUAUAGAACAGCGAACAAUGGAGUUGAUCAAGCUACAACAAUACAUUCAAAUGAAAAAAGAGUCACCGAAGCCAGAGAAAAAAGACAAAGGUCAGCCAACACCACCCACGUCACAGGCAAGUGGCAGGACCAGUCCAAAGCACGUACAGGUUGCAAUAGUACCGCCUACGUCCAUGGAGCAUGAAGAGUAUGACGAGGGGGAGACACGGCCCCUGACCAGAGAUGAAAUAAAAGACCUUGUUCUCCGAGCCAUCACCAGGAAGCUGGCGAGCGGUGAACAUGAACAUAUACGGAAAUCUGACGGGAAAAGGACAAAAACGAAGUCGCCCACCUCUUUACAAUAAUUUAAUGUUUUCAUAUGAACAUAAAACAUAUAAACAAUUAUCAACUGACAAAUGUGUUACUAUUUAUUAGACCUAACAAAAAUGAUCAUAGUUAAAAUCAUAAGUAAACAAAUAAUUCGUACAUAAAUUAUUAUUAUGUUUUACAUUUGUAAAUGAUAGUUUGCAUCACUUUUAAUAUCAAAUAAUCAUCAGUACAUUCAAUACAGUGUAAAAAGCCAAUCAAAA